AUGUGGGACGCGAUGGGUGAAGGGGUGGAUGUUAGAGAUCGAGAGGUGGAUGGCAUUCGAGAUGCUGGGGAUUGGACGCCUCAUCACUGUCCGUCCUCCCUGUCACCCUCUACACCCUAUACGUCGCCCUCCCUGACAUCCUAUAUGUCGCCCUCCUUGUUACCCCUUACAUCCUAUAUGUCGUCCUCCCUACCCUCUAUGAUGUGGAUGGCUUCGCGUACUUCGGGUGUUGAAAGAGCGCCGUCCUCGGCAGUCGUUCUAUACAUCUUGAUUGACCAUCUCACAGAAAAUCUUUGCUGUGAGGACUGCGUCCCCCUUCAUUCAACGUUAUCCUGCUCUCAACGCGCAUUUCAGUACUCUGAACCUGCUGGCAUUCGAGCAGUUGUCACGCUCAAAAUUCCUGAUCUACUUCUUGACGAGCCUCAAGGCCUUCAUGUCUCCGAGAUAGCGCAGCAAGCGAACGUGAAUCAGGGAAAGCUUGCACGAAUCAUGCGCCUCCUUGCAACAAAACGCUGUUUCCGUGAAGUUAAACCUGAUGUCUUUGUCAACAAUCGCCUAAGCAUUCAAUUAUUGAGCACGAAUGGGCUUUCCGAUCUGGCUCUGCAUAUUGAUGAAACCCGGGAGUCGCGUUCUCGUUCACGAGUCACUGAUGUUACUGUGUUGGGAUCGGUUCUUCGUUUGACGUAUUAUCAUCGCGUGGUACAGAGGAGUACGUUCUUCAACAUACAGCUUCAGAGGGUAUCGAUGCCGGGGUAA